GAGAUUGAAAUGAAAACCCUCACAAUUUAUAAUUACAGUAUAAAUAUAGACAUUUAACUGGAUGAAUACACAAAAGCAACAGAACAAAUUUCAUGCUCGUUGAGAAUAUCACAGGGAUACUUACUCAAGGAAACUACAAGAGAUCCAAAAAAUCACGCACAUCCCCAUUUAAUCAACCUCCCCCUGUUUAGCUUUGAUAUAGCCUACAUAGCAUUAGUAACAUAUUGACAUGUGCUAAUAUUCAAUAUUUGUCUUGUGUUUAAACUUUCACUUGUGAGUCUUUUCCCAAUUGGGAAAUAUAGCCAAAAUAGAUUUAGCGACAAACAAAUCUGUAUCUACUUCCUAACUGAGUAGCACUAAUGUCUUAUUUAUUAUUUAUAACACAUAAUUCCCUAAUAAUUUACUUGACAACCCCAACUAAACUGAUCAGGAACCGAUGGCUUACAUAAUUCUCUUGUUUAUUUAUAUUUUGCAAUCAAUUGCCCUUCCACUUGAACUUAAAAGUCCUUUAGAUGAUGACUUUUACACAUUGCCCAAGGGAUAUAAAGAUGCAAAACCUGGAGACAUUUUGAAAGUUCGACCGGCACCCAACCAACUCGCCAGUGCUAUCUUCCCCAUUGAUGUCAAGAAUGUUUGGCAAUUAGUGGUUAGAUCGGAAGAUUCUUUUGGCCAACCCACGGCAUUUGUUACCACAAUCAUGGAGCCUUAUAAUGCCGAUCCUUCCAAAGUUGUUUCAUACCAAACAUUCGAAGAUUCUUCAAACAUAACUUGUUCACCAUCAUAUGGAAUCCAAUUUAGAGCCCCAAUUGAUACGUUGGCAUCACAGAUUGAUAUGACAUUCAUGGUGAUUGCUCUCAAGAAUGGUUAUUUUGUCAAUACUCCAGAUUAUGAAGGGUUUAAUUCAGCAUUCACAGUAGGAAGAAGGUCAGGACAGGCAGUGCUUGAUUCUGUCAGGGCACUAUUAAAAUCAGGAAAUAUCACGGGGAUCCACAAAGAUGCUAAAGUUGGACUUUGGGGGUAUUCUGGAGGGUCAUUGGCAUCGGGAUGGGCCGCAGCACUCCAACCUACAUAUGCUCCUGAAUUAAAGAAAAGCUUGGUUGGUGCUUCGCUUGGUGGGUUUGUCACAAAUAUUACUGCUGUGGCUGAAAUUGUCGAUGGUGGAAUAUUUGCAGCCUUGAUCCCACUUGCAUUAACUGGACUUGGUAAUGAAUAUCCUCAAGCCAAAAAGAUAAUCGAAGAGAAUGUUGCUCCUCAAUACCGAGAUAAAUUCAGUAUCAGUGGAAAACAAUGUCUUGUACCUGCACUUUUUCACUAUUUUAAUACAAAUAUUCUUACUGGAACAGAUCCCAUGAUUCCUGCUGGGUUUUCAUUGUUAGAAAAUGGAGACAUGAGGGAAAUAGUAGAAGGGAAUUCCAUUGUUUAUUUGAAUUCAACUUAUGUUCCUGAAAUCCCAAUAUUUGUUUAUCAUGGUAGUUUAGAUCUGGUUGUUCCAAUUAAAGAUGUAUACAAAACUUAUAAUAACUGGUGCAAAUGGGGGAUUAAUUCAUUCGAAUUUGCUGAAGAUAUAUUGAAUGGCCACGUUGGUGAACAAUUGGCAGGUGGACCUGCGGGCUGGACUUGGUUAGAUCGCCGACUCCAAGGAGACCAACCAGUUAAAGGUUGUUUACACGACGAAAGAAUAUCAAAUCUUCUUUAUCCAAAUGUUACCAUUGCCACUAAGCAAUAUUUUGAUGGUAUUGUCGAUUCGGUGAUGGAAGUUAAAUUAGGACCUGAAGCUAAUGGUAUGAAGGUUAGAGAUAUUAUUAGCAACUAUUAGAUGUAUAGUUAUUUUUCUUUGUAGUUUAAUGAACUUUAG